CCGAGACGGCAACACCGCGUCGCCCAGUCCGGUCUUCUCACAAACAAAGAUCACGAAUUAUUUUUCCAAAGAUAAAGCGUCAAAACCCAGCUCUGAGGAACUCCCGGAGGGAUGACAGCUACUAGCACAUAGCGAGAGAUCAGUGAGGUGAGAAAGGGUUGUGGAAACAGCAGAACAAAAUGACUCUUUCGCCAAACUCCGUCAACAUGAACACUGUGUACAUGGACCACCUUGUACAGGUGGGCCAGGCUGGAGCCCACACUGGAUGGUAUGACUACAAUGCUUUUAACAAUUUGCUUGUUGCUCCAGCUAUGCAAGCUCCUCAAAUAAACAUGCAGCAGCACCAUCACCAUCCUCAUCCGCAAGAGGUUGUGGCUGCACCGCCCCGCCCAAAGCCCCCUGCGUCUCGGCCAAAACCACGGACAGCAUCCACGGAAAGAAGUUAUUUUUGUGACGUUUGUGGUGCCUCCUUUUCCAAUUCUUCCAAUUUAAAAUCUCACUCAAGGAUCCAUUCGGGAGAGCGUCCAUACACCUGUGAAGAAUGUGGUGCAUCUUUUGUGCAAAGUUCUAAUUUGAAGGCGCACAGACGUAUUCACACCGGGGAGCGUCCAUAUACAUGCUCUGAGUGUGGGCAAACCUUUUCACGCUCGUCUCACUUAACAGGGCAUAAGAGAACUCAUACUGGGGAAAGACCAUAUAUAUGUGGUAUUUGUCAAGAUUCCUUUGUUACAAGCACCCACCUGAGAAAUCACAUGCGAAAGCAUACAGGUGAAAGACCCUUUCAGUGUCAAAUUUGUGAGGCAGCAUUUGCACAGAAUGCUUCCUUACAGAUCCAUUUGCGCAUUCAUACAGGUGAACGACCUUAUAAAUGUGCCGAUUGUACAGCAGCAUUCCGCUCUAAGGGAGAUUUAAGGAGUCAUAGAAAGCUUCAUACGGAUGAGAGACCUUUUGGUUGUGCAAGAUGUGGUAAAGUUUUUAAAACCAAUCAGUAUUUACAAAAACACUUAAAGAAAUGUGGAGCACCACCAACUGGCAAAAAGCGUGGAAGGCCACGCAAAUUAUUAUCUGCUGAUACAAUGAUGUCCUCAGUGCCCAAGAGAAGUGUAGGUAGAGCAGCAAGAGGUAGAGGCAGGGGAAAGGCGAAACGGGGACGUCCAAGAGCAAGACCAACUCGCAUCACACGUCACACCAAGCUGGAUGAGCAAGGCCAGAUAGUGCACGAUGGAGAUUUUGAGGAGGAGGAGUCGAACACCUUUGAAGAGAUUAUUGUGUCAGACAAAGUUGCAAACGGUGAAAUUCUGAACGAGCCAACAAGUUCAGAACAUUUGCAAGAACAUUCUUCUGACCCACAGGUUGAUCCUUUGGAGCAGCAAGUGCAGCAAGUUCUUCCUGAGCUUAAAGGUUCAUCAGACCAGUUUGAGGAAAUAGCGACUAAUGGAAUGGAACAGGUUACCGACGUUAGCCAUUCCCUUCACAUUGCCCAUGUUGGACACAUUGACCAUAUGCCAAUUGAAGCCAUGGAGAGAGUUGUCCAAGCUACACAUUAUUAGAUAUGCACAUUCUCCUUAUAAUCCAUGUUUAUCCUUAGUAGAAAUCAAAGUGAUAGACAGUACCAAUGUGUCAUUUAUUGAAUUCUUUAUUUUAGAAUAUUUCCUUGAAGUACUUUAUCUGUACUGUAAUUUCUGUACCAUGCCUUACUCAUGGAGAAACUGAGACUUAGUAUUUUUAUAUCUUUUAUGAACUGAAACAGAAAUGGUUAAUCAAGGGUCACAUUUUAUUAAAACUAUAAAUGCAGUAUUUUUUUCAGUGCUCCAGUUUGCACAUCAUUCCAUAACAGUAAUUUAGGAUAUGUUAUUUAUACUGUUAAUGUGUGAAGACAAAUGGGAAUCUGUGUGUGUGUGUGUGUGUGUGUGUGUGUGUGUGUGUGUGUGUGUGUGUGUGUGUGUGUGUGUGUGUG